AUGAGUCGACCUGUCUUUGCAGCAAAUGGAUGGGAAGAGCGCAUUGCCGCACUGGAAGGAAUCAUUCAUAGGCAGGAUGAAGAACUUCGUCAGCUGAGACGUCAACCGGAGCCGCCAGUCCAAAUAAGGCAAGAUGCAGAAAAUAGAGACCCACCAGCUGCAGUGGUAUAUCCUGCUACAGAGGCUAGACAUGAGUUGUUAGCAGAGAGAUUUCGAAAACAACACCCACCUGAGUUUGAGGGAGGCAUAGACCCGGUAGUGGCUGAGGAGUGGAUGAGUCGCAUAGAAAGAAUUUUGCAGAUGCUAAGGGUGGAUGGGAAUGACCGAGUGAAGUGUGCAUCUUACAUGCUGAGGAAAGAUGCUCGUAUCUGUCCAAGGGAGUCUUGCGUGACCGAGUAUGCACAAAAAUUUGAUAGAUUGGCGAAAUUUGCUCCGGAUCCGGUGCCCUGCGAUAGAGUGCGAGCACAUCGAUUUGUGGAAGGCCUGAAACCAAUGGUUGCUCGAGAUGUGGAAAUUGUGUCAAGGGGUCAAUUCAGUUAUGCUCAAGUUGUCGAAAUGGCUCUUACGGCGGAGCGGAGUGAAAACAAAAUUUGGAAGGAAAAUCUUUGCCCGAGGAGAGAAUCGAAGAAAGGUGGAGCCAAUUCUAAUGACCACAAGAAACGAGGACAGGACCAGUCCGGGCAGCCAAGUCAAGACAAGAGGUACAAAAGUGAUAACGACCAACGAUUUAAUGGCAGCAGUGGGCGAAACAUUCCAGAAUGCCCUAAAUGUACUAAACGUCAUCUCGGCGAGUGUCGCGCAAAAGCAUGCUACAAAUGUGGAAAAGAAGGACACAUCAAACGCAAUUGCCCACUGUGGGGACAGACUGGGAACAGAGCAGAACCCAAGAAAGAUGACAAGUAUGUUCCAGCCAGAGUUUUUGCCAUCACUCAAGUAGAAGCUGAGGCCAGUCCUUCGGUUGUAUCAGGUCAGAUUCCUAUGGCCAACACCACUUGUAAAGUUUUGUUUGAUUCUGGUGCAACUCAUUCCUUUAUUGCUAGCACAAUUGUAAAUCAUAUCAAUGCACCGAAUUUAUUUGAUUUUGAUGUAAUCUUGGGCAUGGAUUUUCUUACCAAAUAUGGAGCAUCAAUUGACUGCAAGCAAGAGAAAGUUGUUUUCACACCAGAAGAUGGAGAGACUUUCGAGUUCAGGAGUUACCCGGGUUACCACCACACGAGAGAAAUCGAAUUUGUGAUAGAAUUAGUGCCCGGAACAGCACCAGUUUCCCGCGCACCAUAUAGGAUGGCACCAUCUGAAUUGAAAGAACUCAAAAUACAGUUGGAAGAAUUGCUUAAGUUAGGGUUUAUCAGACCUAGCUACUCUCCGUGGGGCGCACCAGUUCUAUUUGUUAAAAAGAAAGACGGUACUAUGAGAAUGUGCAUAGAUUACCGAGAACUGAACAAGGUGACUAUAAAGAAUCGGUACCCAUUACCGAGGAUUGACGACUUGUUUGACCAGCUUCAAGGGAAAAAGGUAUUUUCUAAGAUUGAUCUUCGUUCAAGAUACCAUCAGCUAAGAAUCAAAAAUGAAGACAUACCGAAGACAGCCUUCAGAACGAGAUACGGGCAUUACGAGUUCAUGGUGAUGUCAUUUGGACUUACAAAUGCCCCAGCAGCUUUUAUGGACCUCAUGAAUCGAGUCUUCAAGGAAUAUCUGGAUCAGUUUGUCAUUGUAUUCAUAGAUGAUAUACUGAUUUAUUCUAAGACAGAGGAGGAACAUGAGGAGCACUUACGCUUGACCUUACAGCGACUGAGAGAACAUCCAUUGUAUGCCAAGGAACAAAAAAUGUGA